UUCCCAAGUAAUUUGUUCUGCGAUUCAUCAUCUUCUUCAUCUAUAUAAUUUUUUAUGUAAUAAAGAGAAAAAAAAGGGUAAUUGAAUUGAGAUCUUGAAGAACAGAGGGACAGUAGCUGGCGCAAGGCACCGGCCAUGGAGGAAUCUGUUAGAGAAGUGCUAUUCGAAGCACGUCAUCACGCCUCCCGGCCUUUCACUUCCAAUUAUCCUCCUCUUCCUCUUCAACAGUCAAGUGAAGCUGAUAAAGGCGGUUUCUUAUCGUUUCUUUCCUCUCGAGGUGUAAGUCAGCUGAAAGAGAAAUUGGUUGGCAAUAAGAAUCCGAAGAAAAUAAAAAAACCAGUGUCAUUGAUUGUAUCCCCUAGAGGUGAGCGUGUCGCUGUGGCUGCUGGAAAUCAAGUCACUAUAUUGCGCAAGGAGGAUGAUUACCAGGAACCUUUUGGCAUUUUUACAAGUCACAGCAUUAUUUCGUGUACAUGUGGAGCUUGGUCAGAAUCUCAUGAUAUCCUUGGAAUCGUUGAUGAUGCUGAUGUAGUGUAUUUUAUUAAAGCAAAUGGUGAAGAGAUAACAAGGAUUACUACAAGACAUCUAAAAGUAUCUUCAAAAGUAAUAGGUCUGAUUGCACCGGAUGAGUCUGAUGUAAAACAGUAUUUCUUGUGUAGCUUCACCGUUUUGACAUCUGAUGGAGCUUUUCAUCAAAUUGAGAUCAAUCAAGAGCCAAGUGCCUCUAUUUCCUCCUCUACAAUCAACAGUGGCUUAGCUUUAAAAAAGCAAUUCCCUCGAAAUGUUUUCUGCUUUGACUAUUGUCCAGAACUUUCUUUGCUUGUUGUUGUUGGUAGUGCUGGUGGCAACUCCAUUACUGCUGAUAGGAAAUCUGGAUCCUGUUAUCUUUCUCUUUGGCGUAAAGGUCAGGAUUUGGUUUUGGAGCCUGUAGCCUCUACUCAAUUUGAGGGCCUUUACGGUGAGCAACAAGGUUAUGCAGCUCAUCUUGCCUACCCAAAGGUGUUAAUCUCACCCCAAGGAAAUUAUAUUGCCACUUUGGAUAUGAAUGGAUGUUUGCAUAUCUUUAAGCUGGAUAAAGAAAGCUGUUUGGUUACGAGUUUUGCUUUCAGAGUGAGAACUAAUUCUCAAGUGACUGAUGAACUGUUAAAUGGAUGCUCAGAAAUUUUAGCUGACAUUGUUGAUUUUACUUGGUGGUCUGACCACAUUCUUACUCUUGGUAAACGAAAUGGCUUUGUUACCAUGCUUGACAUUCUUAGUGGUCUGAAACUAAUAGAGAAUGAACCUAUAUAUUCUCAGCCUGUUGUAGAAAGGGUACAGAAGUUUGAAGGAUAUCUUUUUGUUUUAGAGAGUUUAUCAUCUGAAAAUGAGUUUGAUUUAUCUAAUAGUAAUAGAAUAACACAUGACUUGAAUCAAAGAGAGGAAACUUCUGAAAAUGGAUCCAAUCUAUCUGACAUUUCUAAGUUGCAUUGGAGUUUGAGAUCUUUCUCAGAAAGAUCUGUUCCUGAAAUGUUUAAGAUACUAAUUGGUAGUUCUAAGCAUCAAGCUGCCUUGGACUUUGCUGACCGUCAUGGAUUGGAUAGGGAUGAAGUUCUAAAGUCACAGUGGUUGGGUUCUGGCCAAGGAAUAAACGACAUACAUGCCUUCUUGUCAAACAUUAAAGAUAAAGUUUUUGUGCUUUCUGAGUGUGUAAAUAAAGUUGGGUCAUCAGAAGAAGUAGCAAAGGCUUUACUUGCAUUUGGCCUGCAGUUAACUAACGGAUACAAAUUCUCUGAAUCAAACAGCCAAGAAUCUGAUGAGAUUUGGGAUUUCCGUAUGUCUAGACUUCAGCUGUUGCAAUUCCAUGACAGGUUGGAAACAUUUAUUGGGAUAAACAUGGGCAGGUUUUCCGUGCAGGAAUACAGCAAGUUCCGUGUUAUGCCAAUGAAUGAAGCAGCCAUUGCACUUGCUGAAACGGGGAAAAUUGGGGCUUUAAACCUCCUGUUCAAGCGUCAUCCUUAUUCACUUGUUCAUUUCAUGUUAGAUAUUUUGGCCGCUAUUCCGGAAACAAUUCCUGUGCAAACAUAUGCGCAGCUGCUUCCUGGAAAGUCUCCUCCUGCAAGUACUGCUAUGAGGGAAGAAGAUUGGGUUGAAUGUGACAAAAUGGUAAGUUUUAUUAAUAAAUUACCCGAGAACCAUGACAUUGGGAGUCAAAUUAGAACUGAACCUGUUGUCAAGAGAUUGCUAGGAUCUUUUUGGCCUUCAACAGAUGACCUUGUAGUUUGGUAUAAGAAUAGAGCUAGAGAUAUUGAUUCCUACAGUGGGUUGCUGGACAACUGCCUCUGCUUGAUUGACUUUGCUUGCCAGAAGGGUGUCUAUGGGUUAAAGCAGUUUCAUGAGGACAUCUCAUACCUGCACCAACUGGUUUAUGCUGAUAAUGAUGGUGAGAUAAGUACCAGCAUGAGUCUUGUUGCAUGGGAACAAUUAUCUGACUAUGAAAAAUUUAGAACAAUGCUUCAAAGGUGCAAAGAGGAAAAUGUUGUUGAAUCAUUACGGAAUAAGGCAAUUCCAUUUAUGCACAAAAGGUCCCAUAGUGUUACCUUGGCUACCCAACAGCACACUGCAGAUGGCCAUUCCGAAGUAGAUCAUACUAAGGGUGAGUCAUUUCUGGUUAGAUGGCUAAAAGAGAUAUCUUUGGCCAAUAAAUUAGAUUUAUGCUUGAUGGUUAUUGAGGAAGGGUGCAGGGAGCUCCAAAGCUGUGGCUUCUUCAAGAAUGAGGUUGAAGUUGUAGAUUGUGCUCUGCAAUGUGUAUACUUAUUUACAGUUACAGAUAGGUGGAGUACCAUGUCUGCAAUAUUAUCAAAGCUUCCGCAUAAGCAAGAUUCUGAAAUAUGCAUUGGCAUCCUUGAUCAAAGAUGUAAAGUGGCAGAAGGCCAUAUAGAAGCAGGGAGACUUUUGGCCUUUUACCAGGUCCCAAAACCAAUGAAUUUUUUCUUAGAAGCCCAUUCUGAUGAAAAAGGUGUAAAACAGAUUAUUCGCCUCAUACUCUCAAAAUUUAUCCGCCGUCAGCCUGGCCGAUCUGAUAAUGAGUGGGCAAACAUGUGGCGUGAUAUGCUGUGCUUGCAGGAGAAGGCUUUUCCUUUUCUGGACCUUGAAUAUCUGUUAACAGAGUUCUGUAGAGGACUGUUAAAAGCAGGGAAGUUUUCUCUUGCAAGAAGUUACUUAAGGGGUACAAGUUCAGCAUCCUUGGCAACAGAAAAAGCAGAAAAUCUUGUUAUUCAAGCUGCAAGGGAGUAUUUCUUCUCAGCUUCAAGUCUGUCUUGCUCUGAAAUCUGGAAGGCUAAGGAAUGCCUGAACUUAUUUCCAAGUAGCAGAAAUGUUAAAGCAGAGGCUGAUAUUAUUGAUGCACUUACUGUUAAACUUCCAUACCUUGGAGUGACUCUUCUACCAGUGCAAUUUAGGCAAAUAAAAGAUCCAAUGGAAAUUAUUAAAAUGGCAGUCACAAGUCAAGCUGGAGCUUAUCUACAUGUUGAUGAACUAAUUGAGGUUGCCAAACUUCUUGGAUUGAGCUCCUUGGAUGAAAUAUCAGCUGUGGAGGAAGUUAUUGCUAGGGAAGCUGCAGUUUCAGGUGAUCUGCAGUUGGCCUUUGAUCUCUGCCUUGUUCUGGCCAAAAAGGGUCAUGGUCUUGUUUGGGAUUUAUGUGCUGCUCUAGCAAGGGGUCCUCUUGAGAAUAUGGACAUUAGUUCUCGAAAGCAGCUACUGGGUUUUGCUUUGAGCCAUUGUGAUGAGGAGUCAAUUAGUGAGUUGCUCCUUGCAUGGAAAGAUUUAGACAUGCAAGGGCAGUGUGAGACUUUGAUGACGUUGACAGGGACCAAUGCUCCGAAUUUCUCCAUUCAAGGUUCCUCCGUAAUCUCACUUCCAGGUUACAGUAUUCAAGAUAUUGUCGACCUGAAAAAUUCAUCUGAACUGGCUGAUGGGUUUAAUGGUGCUGAUCAAGAAAAUCAUUUCAGUAGCAUUAAAAAUACGCUUUCUCUUGUUGCUAAAAAUCUGCCUGUUGAAAAUGGAACAAAUUGGGAUCUGAUUUUGCAAGAAAAUGGAAAGAUUUUAUCUUUUGCUGCAAUACAACUUCCAUGGUUGCUUGAAUUAACUAGAAAAGAAGAUUACAGUAAGAAAUUUACUUCUGGCUUGAUUCCUGGGAAGCCAUAUGUAAGUGUAAGAACACAAACUGUGAUAACUAUUUUGUCCUGGUUGGCGAGGAAUGGUUUUGCUCCUAGAGACGAUUUGAUUGCUUCUCUGGCAAAAUCAAUUUUAGAACCGCCAGCUACUGAAGAGGAAGAUGUCAUUGGUUGUUCCUUCCUAUUAAAUCUUGUGGAUGCUUUUAGUGGUGUACAAGUAAUUGAAGAGCAGCUGAGAACAAGGGAAAACUACCUCGAAACAUGUAGUAUUAUGAAUGUUGGAAUGACCUAUAGCAUAUUACAUAAUACUGGAGUUGAUUGUGAAGGUCCUACUCAGAGGAGAGAGCUGCUACUCGGGAAGUUUAGAGAAAAGAAUAAGCCACUUAAUGCUGAUGACAUAAAUAGGAUCGAUGCAGUACAAUCCUCAUUUUGGAGGGAAUGGAAACUAAAAUUAGAAGAGAAAAAGCGUGUCACAGAACAUUCUAGAUUCUUAGAGCAAAUAAUUCCUGGGGUUGAAACUACACGUUUUCUGUCUGGUGAUGCCAGUUACAUUGAGAGUGUCAUUUUUUCUCUAAUUGAAUCUUUGACAUUGGAGAAGAAGCACAUUUUAAAGGAUAUUUUGAGAAUGGCUGAUACCUAUGGCCUAAACAGAGCUGAGGUAAUACGCAGGUACUUAACUUCAAUCCUUAUUUCUGAGAUCUGGACCAAUGAUGACAUCAUGGCUGAGAUCUCAGAAAUUAAGGGAGAAAUACUUGAUAAUGCUGCUGAAACUAUCCAAACCAUAUCAUUGAUCGUAUACCCUGCAGUUGAUGGUUGUAAUAAGCACCGCCUUGCUUACAUCUAUAGCCUCCUCUCUGACUGCUAUAAGAAGUUAGAGGAAAGCAAAGAACCUUUACCAAUGAUACUCUCGGAUCAAACACAUGCAUUAUCUUUGGGAUUAGUUCAUUAUUACAAGGUUAUUGAGGAAGAAUGUAAAAGAAUUUCCUUUGUGAAAGACCUAAACUUCAAAAAUAUUACUGGAUUAGGUGGUUUGAAUCUGCAGUGUUUCAGUAGUGAAGUCUAUGCUCAUACCAAUGAAUUUAGCUUGGAAGCUUUGUCUGAAAUGGUAAAGACUCUGGUCAGUGUCUACAGGGAUCCAGUGCCUGAGGGUCUCAUAUCGUGGCAGGAUGUCCGCAAACAUUAUAUACUGCGUUUAUUGACAAAAUUGAAUGAUAGAUUUAGAACAGAGUUUAGCACUAAGAACCCUGAAACUUUUCUGAACACAAGCAGUGAACUUGAGCAUAUAUAUGACUUGUGUAGAAAACAUAUUAUACUCUUAGAACCUUCAGAGGCAUUGGAUAUUAUGAAGCAAUAUUUCAUUGUAAUCUUACCUCCAGAUGGUGCAUAUGAGAAUCUACCUGAUAACUCGACAUGGCAAGACUGCUUGAUCUUCCUUUUGAAUUUCUGGAUCAGGUUGACCGAAGAAAUGCAAGAAUUUGCUUCCGCCGAGAUUUCUGUAGAGAAAAUCAAGUUCCACCCAGGUUGCUUAAUGAGUUGUUUAAAGGUUUUCAUGAGGUUGGUAAUGGAGGACUCUGUUUCUCCUAGUCAGAGCUGGAGCACCAUUGUUGACUAUGUCAAAAAUGGUUUAAUCAGUGACCCUUCUAGAGACAUUUUCACUUUCUGCAGAGCUAUGAUAUUUUCUGGCUGUGGUUUCGCCACUAUUUCAGAAGUAUUUGUUGAAGCACUGCAACACCAUGCAACCACUGUAACUGCAUCAGCUGAAACUGAGUUCCAGAAUCUUUCCCAUCUUUAUUUAAAAGUGCUAGAACCAAUUUUACAGGAUUUGGCUAAUGGAUCUCGGGAACACCAGAAAUUAUAUCAGUUGAUAUCAUCUCUGAGCAAUUUAGAGGGUGAUUUCAACGAGUUAAAGAAAGUCAGGUGUGCAGUUUGGGAAAGACUUGCCAGAUUCUCUGAAGAUUUGCUGCUAGCUAGUAAUGUUCGAGUUCAUGUCUUAGAGCUUAUGCAAUUUAUCGCUGGUAAAAGUGUGAAGGGUUUAUCUUCUGAGCUGCAGCUAAAUGUUCAUCCAUGGGUAGGGUGGGAUGAGUCACUAUGUGCUAAUAACAAGAGCCAAAUUACUUCAAAUGAUGGGUUGCCCGAGCAAAUAGAUACUUCCAGCAGGUUUACAAGUACUUUAGUUGCCCUGAGAUCAUCUCAACUUAUGGCAGCCAUUUCUCCUGGCUUUGAAAUCACCCCCGAUGACCUAUCAAGUGUUGAUACGGCAGUUUCUUGCUUCUUAAAAUUGUGUGCCAUUGCCAAUGCAGAUCCUCAUCUCGAUGUUUUGGUAGUCAUUUUGGAAGAGUGGGAAGGGCUUUUCAUGAUUAAGAAAGAAGAGGAAGCCUCUCCAGAAUUAUCUAAUGCAGAAAAUAGCUGGAGCGAUGAUUGGGAUGAAGGAUGGGAGAGCUUUCAGGAAAUUGAACCUUUGGAGAGAGAAAAGAAAGGGGAUUCGCUUUUGAUCCAUCCUUUACACGAGUCUUGGACAGAGAUUUUCAAGCUCCUUAUUAAAGCAUCUCGAGUUAAAGAUGUCUUAAAGCUGAUUGACCAAUCCAUAUCAAAACCCGGUGGAGUAUUACUUGAUGAAGGCGAUGCAAGGAACUUGAAUGACAUCGUACUCGGAAUGGAUUGUUUCAUGGCUUCAAAGAUGAUGCUUUUACUUCCUUAUGAAGGGUUGCAGGUGGAGUCUUUGACUGCACUCGAAAACAAGAUGAAACAAGGUACUUCUGACAUUGCCAACGACCACGAGUUCUUAACGCUAAUCCUCUCCUCAGGGAUUUUAUCAACUGUCAUCAACAAAUCUUCCUUCGGCACUAUUUUCUCCUAUGUCUGCUAUUUAGUAGGCAAUUUCUCUCAUCAGUUCCAAGAAGCACAAUUGCCAAAGCUUAGAAAGGAAGGAAGCAAUGAACAUGGAAACACCAAGGGAGACAUCUUGUUUCUAUUUGCAAGAAUCUUGUUCCCCACAUUCAUAUUGGAGCUCGUUAAGGCAGAUCAGCUGAUUCUAGCAGGAUUUAUGAUCACAAAAUUCAUGCACACAAAUGCUUCAUUUAGACUCAUCAACGUUGCAGAGGCAAGUCUUAGAAGAUACUUGGAGAGACAAUUCCAGGUACAAGAACACAACAAGAUUGAUGAAACGAGUUGUUACGAACCAUUGAAGAACACAGUUUCAAGCUUGAGAGACAAGUUAGGGAACUCACUUCAAUCUGCUUUGUCACUACUUCCUAAGAAUGAAAGCAAUAGAUAAAGAAAAGCCUGCUUUGAGCGGCUUUUAAGAAAAAAUCAUGGAGCUUUGCAGAGUCAUUGUAGAAACUAGCAAAAGACCAUGAAAAGUAUUGGAUAUAUGUAAUUUUGGAUAAUGUACACAAAAUUUUAGGGGGGUCGUCGACCCAAAGUGCCUGAGAGGACAAGUUUUCGUAUACUUGUAAUCGUCAUGGAUUGGAUGAAGGAUCUAAUUUAUGUGAUUUAUUGAA